AGAGAGGGAGGGAGAUGGAGGGAGGAUGCUGCCGCUGCUGCUAGCGGAAAAUGGCUGCUACAACCUCAAGACCGUCCUGAUGCACCGGGAGGACAUAAAGGUGGAGAGAGGAGAGACAAGAAUAUGAGGUUCUAGGAGAGAGGAGGACCGCGGAGGAGGAGGAGGAGGAGGAGGAGGAGGAGGAGAAGAGAGGACGAGAGAGCGAGCGCGUGAGUGCGCGCGCUCCCCGCGCGCCCGUGUGUGGUGUGUGCCCGGAGAAGCGGGGAUAAAAAAGAAGAACCCGGGGGCUCGGAGACAUGGAGGGCGAGUAAGUGCUCGGUUUGCGCGCUUUCGUUUCGGGAAGAAACGGCGCGCGGCAGGAGCGGCGGAGAGGCGACGGUCCUGUGUGUGAAAACAGUCGCGUUCCCGUUUGCCGUCGCUGCUAGCGAGACUGACACUCGUCACACCGACAAACACACUGACACAGAGCUCGUGCGGGAACAAACAUCACACUGCGUGCGCACACGCACACACACACGCGCGCGCGCGCGCACACACACACACACAGCGGGAAUGCGCGGCACGGUGCGAGCGCGGCGCGCGGCGUGGCUCGCGGGCACCGCUGCGAAGCACGGUGUGACCGAGCUUGUGUGCGAAACGCGUCGAGGAGCAGCAGGCUGCUCCUAGGAGCUUCAGCCUCCGUCAGAGAGACAAACGGUUCCGAGGGGCGAGGGACGCGCACGGCGGCCGAGUCGAGUGUGGCGGAGAUUCGUUCGGCGCGGCCGGGUGACGGGAGUGAGUGUGUGCGCGAGAGGGAGGGAAAGAGGGAGGGAAGCGGGAGGAAAGAGGGGGGAAAGAGGGAGGAAAGAGAGGGGAAACAGGUGAAAAAUGGCGAGCUCGCGGCCGCGCUCCUUCCGAGAGCCGCUGUGUGGAGAUGGGGGGUCGCUGGCGGCCGCAGGGGCUCGACGAGCCGCUCCUCUCCACCGCGCCCGGCCUUUCAUUAUGAUUUUUAAAGCCCAACUUUAUGAAUGAAAUGUGAUAUUUCUCUCCCCCUCGCCCCCCUCCUGCUCUCUCUCUCUCUCUCCCUCUGUCAUGUCGCCCCCUCCCCCCCCCCAGCUGCCUCUUCCUCGUUGCCUUCUCAUCACCCCCCCCAGGAGCUCGUUGGUUUUAACCACAUCCCAUUUUUUUUUUUAUUGUUUUUGUUUUCCUCUUCUUGGAAAUAAUGCUUUUCAUUUCGGCCAUUCUGAUUUUUUGUUGCCCUCCAUUCAUAAAAAGGCGGAUGCUGCUGCGCGUGAAUGUGUGCGUUCGGGGCGGGGGGUGGGCUCAGAAAAGGGGGAUCGGACUCGUUCACAAUUAUCGCAGCAACGCCGAUGAAGGUGUUUAACCCAGUGACGAUGAUGAUGCUGAUUGUGAUAAUGAUGAUGGUGAUGAUGAUGAAGAAGAAGAUGAUGAUGAUGAGCACAGCUGUGUGUGGCGGUUGUGGCUUUGACACACCAGGCCUUGCCAUGGCGAACGGGCGCGUUCAUUGAUACAUCCCUCACCGAAACACACUCAUCCUCCCUCCUCUUCUCUCCCCUCGCGGUCAUUCCGCUCUCCAUCAGCACCGAUCCCGCACUGCCUCAUCCUGCAAAUUCUGCCUUUUCUUGCAGGGCCACAACAAUAUCUCUCCCCCCCCCCACCGCCACCACCACCACCCUACAUACAAAAAAGACUUUCGACUUUUUGUUCGGUAUUAUCAUUAUGUUCAUUGUGUUCGUAUGUUCGCCGCUGUCGUGCGCGCGACGCUCUUCCGACAUCAUUCUGUGUGAUAUAACGGCCAGGAGGGGCGGGGCGGGGAGGAGGGGGGGGGGGCGGUCACGUGAGCGCCCAUUAAAAACACCGCGCCGCUCUGCUGCCAUUGAUACAAACCUGCCUGCCUGCAAACGCAGCAUCCUCGCAGCCAGAGCCAAGAAGCCACACACCAUCAACAGCUCACUUCACUUCAGCGUGACAGAUGUGAGAACAGCGUUCCGGCUACACCCAAGUCAUCAUGUAUUGGCUGAAAGGGGAUGUGAAAAUCCUUCUUCGUCCCUCUCCUUUGCCAUAAGUGACCGGGAGGUGCUCCGUUUCUGGCACAUUUGGACAGCGUUGUGUCCGAAAUGCAGAGCUUCCACAGAUGCCCUCCGCCACGGUGUGUGUGUGUGCGUUGUGCGUGCGCGUGGUAUCACGUGCGCUUGGCUUCCGAUACCAGAGCUACAGGUUCAUGGAUUUUUUUCACGUAUUUUCUUCCGCUGUAUUUUUAUUGCAUAGGUAUGCUGGGAUCCCCUCUUACCGGAGACUCACAUGCAGUUCUGACUUUGCCUUUCGAUGGAACUUCUUUUGCUUUUGAGAUUCGUAACAAGAGCUGAUGUUGUGUUGAUGCUUGUUCUGCUGACUUUGUUCCCGCAUGUCUUCCUCUCACUCUCCUAACAGUGUGCGUGUUCGCGCAGUCGUGAUGACACGCGAUGACUCUAGUGGCGGGUGGGUGCCCCUGGGAGGCGGCGGUCUCAGUCAUGUGAUCAUCUGUAAGGGGCGGAGCCCGGAGAGCAGGGGACGGAGAGACUACGUCAUUCGUGGAGAGAGGCUGCGUGAUCGAGCAGUGAGUGUGUGCCCGGUGCUCGAGUGCGCCGUACAGAGGGGCCUCGUGUACAACAAGGUGAACCCCAUCUUCCACCACUGGCGGGUGGAGGAUCGGAAGUUUGGCCUCACUUUCCAGAGUCCGGCCGAUGCCAUCUCGUUCGAACGGGGGCUCCAGAGCAUCAUCGACAGGUUGGAUAGAGGCUCAGACUCCCCUUCGUCCUCCACUCCAGAAGAGGGAGACACCGAAGAUGAUGGCCAAGCCUCUCACACAGACAGCGAGUCGUCCUCCAACAGCAGGAAAGAAAUGCUGCCCAAGCCUGUCACCAUAGUGACCAGCGAGUCCUCCUCCACCUGCUUCGUGCGCUCUGCCGUGGAAGAAUUCGGGUACGAAGUGGGGUCCGCUGCCGUCACCCCCCAGGCCCCUGUCCAGAUCCAUACUCGAGCGAUACAGCAUCAGCCUCCACAAGGAACAGCUGUUCUGAAUCCCCCCGCACCUCCGCCGCCGCCCCCUGCUCCCCCCACCCCACCCGUGCCGCACCCGGUCCCGACAUCCCUCUCCCCGCUGUCCCCGACGUUCUCGCUCCUGGAGGAAGGCGACCUGCGGAGCCUGGACCCCUGCAAGGACCUGUGGGGUUCCCGCGGCUACGAAGACUACCGGCGGGCCGGGUCGGCCCGGACCGGGGGCGGAGGAUUUGGGGGAGGCGUGGUCGGAGGCGGGGUCGGCGGGCAGGACAAAUCAGAGCUGUGUGUGGUGCGCUUCGACAAGGAGCUGGCCGGAAUGGGGGUAGCCGGGUGCGAGGUGACGGUGUCUCUGGACAGCAAGGGCUCGCAGCGGCCUUCCUCGUCCUCGCCGACCUGCGCGUCCACACCCAACGCCGUGUCCGGCGUGCCCGCUGUCGGGGGCUCCCCUCAAGAUACCGGCAAGGGCUCCCCCUCCCCCUGCUGCAUUCACACCUCUCUAGCCACGCCUCGCUCGCGGACUCGGAAAAGAGGCGGGGGCAGCGGCGGCGACUGCGGGCUAGGCUUGGCGGGCUCCGCCUCGAUGGGCGGCGCCAUCUCCCCCGAUGACGACAGCCCCUGCCCUCAAGCAUCGUCCUCGUGCUCGUCCCGCUGCGUGUACUGCCGCUCCGUGUUCAGCGCCUCCGAGAACGGGCGCGGGCGCUGCCGAGAUGCCCCGGACCCCGCGUUGCACUGCUUGCGCCAGUGGACCUGCGUGUGGUGCGCGGAGAGCCUGCUCUACCACUGCAUGUCGGACUCGGAGGGCGAGUUCUGGGAGCCCUGCUCGUGCGAGGACUCGAUGGGCGGUCGACCGCACCCGCUGUGCUGCGCCCGCUGGGCGGCGCUGCUGGCCCUCUCCCUCUUCGUGCCCUGCAUGUGCUGCUACCUGCCGCUGCGCGGGUGCCUGCGCUGCGGCGAGCGCUGCGGCUGCUGCGGGGGCAAGCACAAGGCCGUGCGGUAAGGACGGGAAGCCCGGGACUGAGCGGGCGGGAGGAACCGGGGUCCCGGCGGGGGGGGGGGGGGAAAG